CUUUAUGAACAAACUGUGCGUUUCUUGUAAAGAAAAGAUAACUCUGUCAGAGUCUGUGUGAAAGAAGAGAGACAUUUCCACAUUCACUGUAACAUUGUUCAUCCAUUUGAUGUAUAAUAUGAAAAAGUAAAUUGAGAUUGUGUUGCAAUGUUUUAAUCGGAUGUUCUCAGCUGAUAGUUAACAGAUUUAUGUGAAUUGCUCCAGAUUGAGCAGUCUGACAUAUGUCAGCAUCUGUGCAUCCAUCCUAGUCAUUUUUGGAAAUGUCUGGACAGCACAGUGAAACCUCUCCAAUUACUAGUCUUCCAUCUGUUGUGGCAUCAAAGAUCUUGAGCUUUAUACCUUGGCAGGAAAAAACAAUUGUAGCCAGUGUCAUCACAUCUUGGGCUGAAGCCCUAAGAUGUACAGAAGCCUGGGGCUGUGUAAAAUAUGGUCCGGAAAUUGAAGAAAAUGUCUACUUUGCUAGUGCAGGCAGAUCUGAUUUUGUGACCUGUGUGAAACAAUAUGGGAAUUUUAUGAGAUCCAUUCACCUUUACUUUGGAUACACAAUAACUUACCCUAUGGAACCUACAGGAGAAGAGAUUUUGAUGCUUAUACAUAAGAGAUGUGGUAAUUUAACAGCACUUCUAGUAGAACAAGAAAUCCCAGAAGGGUCUCACUCUGUUCUCUCAUAUCGUUGGACAUCUUCAGUUGGUGUUCUCAUCAAAAAUAUGACCAUGGAAUUCAAGUCUCUGAAAUCCAUUUCUCUCAGGCAACCUAUUAUCGUAUGGAACCAAGAUGAAGAGAAUAUGCUGAUGGUAUUAACUUGCACUAGUGCUGCAAGUAAAAUCACAGAACUGGAAUUAACCUACCUCUCUGUUUUAAAUCAUGAUGGAAAACUUCACUUGCUGAAAAACUUCACAGGUUUGAAGAAGUUGACUGUUCGUAGAGAGAAAGUAAAUAAUGACAUUCUGUUACAUCUGGUAAAACACUCCUUACAGGAGCUAAUUCUUUAUCAGGAAGAGGAGUUACCAUAUGAAGAUCAACAAGACCUUGGAGAAAAUUUCUGGUUAGAAGUGAAAAAGGUGUGUCCUGCAUUUAGAGUGGACUUGAUUUUGAGAUAUGUGAUGAUUCUAAAGAUUCUCUUUCCGUCAAGUAUGCCUCUCAGGUACUUAGUGUUGGAUUUUCUUGUUAAUGUGAUGACGAAGGGAAUUAUGGAUCACAUCACGGAUUGUUAUAAGGAGACACUACAGAGGUUCACAUACACCAACUCUUUCUUAGAAAAUGAGGAGAUGGGAGAUUCCAGAGUUCCCGCAUCACUUAUCUGCCUCACUCAAAAGUGUUCUCAUCUUGAAACUCUAGAGUAUGGAUUUCCAUUAUCAAGUGCUUCAAUUUUCUUAAUUUCCCAGUCAAGGAAACUAAAGAACUUUGUUGUCCCAUCUGUAGAAGUUUCCUAUGUUAAUGAUAUAUCUACAGAUAUCUUGGGAUCCAAGGCAGAGGAGUACAUAGAUGUUAUAAAUACUGCUGAUAAUUGUAGAAAAACUUUAGAAACAACUGUGUCUCACAUACUAGGGUAUCACUGGACAUUGCAUGACGGUCCACUGAAAGUGAAUGAACGAAUUAAAUUUUGAUAUUUGUUUUUACAUAAGGAGUUUUCUAGAAAUUAAAGGAUUUUAAUUAGCA